AUGAGUGAAGACUGGAAGAAAAAAAAAAUAGAUAAUUUUGUCAUUUUAAAUAAAAUCUUAGGCAAAGGCACUUAUGGCACUGUCUAUCUCGGCUAUAUGGAUACCGGAUAGAAUCAAGUGAGAAUAGCUGUCAAAACAGUUCCCAUGGAUGUACAUAUUAAUCGAUCAAGCUUAGUCUGUAAAACAAUCCCCACAAAUAUUAAAUCUAAUUAAAAGGGAAUCAACCAUUCUGAAGGCUGUUGAACACCCCAACAUUGUUCGACUCUAUAAUGCGAAUCGCACAUAAAAUUAUAUUUAUAUCUUCUUGGAAUUCUGUCCAGACGGAGAUCUGAGAAAGUUUAUGUUGAGCAAGAAAGAGAAGCAUCUAUCUGAAGUUACAUUUAAUUAUAAUUGUUUUUAGUUGGAGGCCAUUAUAUUCCUAAAACACAUAGUCGAAGGAUUCAAAGAGUUGUUUCAAAAGAAAAUCAUCCACAGAGACAUCAAACCUGAAAACAUACUCUUGUCAAAUGGAAUUGCUAAAAUUGCAGAUUUUGGAUUCGCUAGAGUGAUGGAAGUUGAAAUGGAUGGUAUUGAAAACUUUUAAUUUCUAAUCAAGAACCUGGGAAAUUUUCCAGAAACGGAACUCCAAUCUACAUGUCACCCUAAAUAUUAAGAGGACAGCCAUUCUCAGCCAAAUGCGAUGUUUGGUCUCUAGGUAUUAUGUUCUAUGAGAUGCUUUACGGAAGAACACCUUGGCAAGCUGAAAGUUAGAUUUAAUUGGAAUAAUUGAUUUUAAAUAAACCACUUAAAUUUCCUACAAAACCUGUUAGAAGUUAAAAAGUUAAAGAGUUGGUAGCUAUGAUGCUUCAAAUUGAAGAAAAAGUAAUUAAUUCAACAAAAAUAAAUAGGAUAGAUUAAAUUGGCAAUAAAUAUUCGAAAAUUAAGUUAUUAAGAUGAAUGAAGACAUGGUUAGAUAGAAUAUGAAUGAAAUCAUGAAGGAAGAUCCCAUGACUAAAUCAAUGAGUCUAAAUAAAAUUUAUUUGGAUCAAUAUAAAGUUGUUGGAUACUUACAUACAAAAAUUGAAGAUUACAGAGAGGACAGCAAAAAUGAUUUGGAUGGACUCAAACAAAUGUUUGAUGAAGAAAAUGUAAUAUAAAAAUCUUAAUUAUUCUAGCCAGAUUUGAUAUUAUCAUAGUAUUAGAAGGAAAUGAAAAGAAGAGAAUCCUUCUAGAAAUUUUAUACUUACUAUCUUUAUGAAAGGAAUGUUGCCUUUUUUAUCAAUUAUACUUAAUUAAGAAUCAUUAAACUUUAAACGUUUGGAGAUAUAACACUUGUCAAAGAAUAAUUUUUGUAAUUAAUUUUCAUGUUGGCCAGAAAUCAAUUAUUGCAUUUAGAAAAAAUCAAUUCGGCUUUGAAUUCAAAUAAACAUGAUUAGUUUGAUCAGGAAUUGUGGGGCAGAUUUAUAGUCAGUAAGGUAAAAAAGUUCAUAAGUUUUUUAGGAUUGCUCAAGAUUACUUACAACAAUUAAGAAUGAUAUCCUUAUCAUUAAAGAAGUAUUUAUUUAAGUAAGAGAAAAAUGCCCUUAAUUUUAACAAUUCUUUGACAAAAUUGAAAAUGUCAAAGAUUUUCUGGGAUAAUACAAAUAAAUUAUAUCUAAAGCAAUAGAUACUCUUAAGGCUGCCUCAACAAAUUCAUUAGGAAAGGAUAUAUAUUCUGGAAUCUAUUAUUUGAAAAUUUGCUUGAAUCCUUAUGAUUUUUUCAAAUAAGUUGACUUUGACUUUAAUGCAUUUUAUGAAGAAACCGAAAAUGCUUCCUUAGAUGAAUUAUUAAAUCUUAUUUGA